AUGGCGCUGCGUCAAGAUUACACGGUUGCCGUUAUCUGCGCAAUCGGCUUCGAGAUGAGCGCCGUUCGCUACAUGCUUGAUAAGGAACACCCGCGCCUGCCUAGGAAAGACGAGGGCGAUUCCAACAUGUACACGCUCGGCGAACUCAGUGGUCACAACGUAGUUCUUGCCUGCCUUCCUGGGAUCCAAGGCAAGGGGGCCGCCGCCGUUGUCGCGACGAACAUGGCCCGCUCCUUCCCUUCUAUCAAAUGGCGCUUCCUCGUUGGCAUCGGAGGAGGCGUCCCGAGCAGCAAGCAUGAAAUUCACCUCGGUGAUGUGGCUGUCAGCAUGCCGGAGGGGCCUUAUGGUGGCGUCGUUCAGUACGAUUUGGGGAAAGAUGGACAUGACGGCUUCCGGUUGAAGGGUUUCUUGUCGGCACCACCGUCGCUGUUGAGAAACGCCGUCGAGAUGAUGCGGUCCGAUCAUCUCGUCCAAGAGAACAAGAUUGAGGAGCACGUGUCGAUGAUGUUGAAGAAAAGCCCUCGCCUUAGUGUCUACGCCAGACCGGACGCGCAUACCGACCUACUUUUUGAAGCGACCUACGCCCAUGCUUCCACUUCUUCAACCUGUGACGGAUGCGACAAAAACAAAGCCGUUUCGAGGCCGCCCCGCGAAGGUCCUGAAAUCCAUUACGGCUUGAUUGCAUCAGGCGACAGCGUCAUGAGGAGUGUGACGAAGCGGAACCAAAAGGUCCAUGACCUAGGCGACAUUCUCUGCUUUGAGAUGGAAGCCGCCGGGCUGAUGACUGAGUACUCGGGGAUUGUGAUACGGGGAAUAUCGGACUAUGCCGACUCGCACAAGAGUGACGCUUGGCAGCACUACGCGGCAGCAACCGCAGCCGCAUCUCUCAAAGAGCUACUGUCAUACGUCGAUCCCGAAGCUAGCUCUAAGACUAGUGACGCGGACCAAGAUUCAUCGGCUCUGGCAGAAGCGCAUAUUCAGCCAGGAGCGGCUUCGAGCUUCCAUGGUCGCGGAGUACAAAACAUGGGCUCCAUUUCUGUUGGAAGGGAUUUUCAAAUCUCCUAG